GCAGUCAAAGUUUAAUACUGAUAACAGUAACAUCGAGAAUUUCCAGAAUUCUCUUCGCGAGCAUUUGUGAAGGCACAAUGGCCAGUCAGACUAAUCAAUCAGUCAAAAUGGCGGAAAGUGAGAUCGCACAAUUUUUCUCGGGUCGUAAAGUUCUUAUAACAGGUGGCUUGGGUAUUUUGGGAAAGCUUCUAAUCGAAAAAUUGCUGCGAUGCUGUAACGUCGCAACGGUGUACGUUCUUGUGAGAACAAAAAAGGGAAAGGUUCCUCGUGAACGCGUGAAGGAACUUGUUAAACUACCAUUGUACGAUAGACUGAGACAGGAACAGCCCGAUGCUUUUCAAAAAUUAAUAAUAAUCGAAAGCAACUUGGAUGCGAUGAAUAUGAGCUUAUCUCAGCAAGAUCGAAACAGAUUGCUCGAUACGAACAUCAUCUUUCACGGUGCAACAAUCAUGCGAUCCAAUCAAAAGCUUAGGGUCAUGACAAAUGUCAACGUCUUCGCUACGAAGGAAAUACUUCAGUUAGCGAAAGAGAUGACCGAUCUCAAGGCUUUCGUUCAUAUGUCGACCGUCUACGCUCACGCGCAAAUUAAAUCUAUCGAGGAGAGACAUUAUCCCCCGCCCAUGGAGACCGAUGACUUACUAACAUUGAUGAACGUUCUAAGUGAUAAGAAGCUGGAGGAGAUCACACCGGCCUUGAUCGGUUGCUGGCCCGACACGUUUACUUUUACGAAAGCUAUCGCGGAGCACACGGUAGUGAAAUACAGCAAGGGGAUACCGGCGUGCAUCGUGCGGCCGUCCGUCGUGACUUCGACGUGGAAAGAACCGAUCGAGGGUUGGACCGACAGCAUGUACGGACCCGUCAGCCUUCUCGUGGGUUCGAGCCUUGGUUUAUUGCGCACGAUACACUGUCAUACUGACAAGAAGCUCGACUUUGUACCGGCAGAUUACGUGACGUCGAGCAUGAUCGCGGCCGCCUGGCGAACUAACGUGAGGAAUAUCAAGAAAGAAUUUAAAGUGGACGUGGAGACCGGCUUAGUGCCGGACGUGGAAAGGAUAGCGGUGUACAAUUACGUGUCGUCGUGUCAGAGGCCAAUAACCUGGAACACAUUCCGAAAACACGUACGCGCACACGAAUCAAAGAUACCGGGUGUGAGGGACAUACAACUGCAAUGCGUGUUUUGGAACAGUAGACUUUGGGUGCACAAAAUUCUCAUGUGCCUGUUCCACUUGUUGCCCGCGGUCAUGGUGGACGCGACGGCCAUUCUCACCGGCCGAGAGCCAAGAUGGUACAAAACUUACAAACCGAUACACGCUCAUCUCUCGGCGAUGUCUUAUUUUACGACACAGGAGUGGUACUUAAAAAAUGACACGGUGCUCAAGUUAUGGAAGCAAAUGAACCCGGUGGAUCGCGAGAUCUUUGAAUUUGACAUGAGCAAUUUCGAUUGGAACGAAUAUAUAAAACGGAUGGUUCACGGCAUUCGCGAUUUUGUCAACAGAAAUGCGUUGGACUUGGCGAAGGAAAGAUUGGCUGAAUAUAUCGUAUUCUAACACUGUACAUGUGCUCAUAAAACAUCUAAAUGACAUUUAUAUCACUUGAAAACAAUAAUGCUAUUAUAAAAACUAUUUGAAUAAAGAACAAUC